CAGGGCGGAGGAGAGUGGUGGGUGGCGGGGGCGGCGUCUGCACCACCCUUACCCGCACCCCUCUCCGCACCCCUCUCCGCCCCUGCCCCCCUCCCGGUUGUCCACGGCGAAGUCGUCGAGAGCGGCCAGCCGCCGUGGGCGAGCGGCGAGGCCGGCGGCGAGGCGCAGCCGCACUCCUGCGACGGCGAGCUCCUCGAGGAGCUGGACCGCAGAGAGCACGCCCUUGCGAGCGAGCUCUACCCGCCCGUCCAGCCGCCGGCGGUGCCGCCCGGUGCCGCUCUUCCUCCUCCUCCUCCUCCGCCUCCGCCGCCGCCGCCGCCGCCGCCGCCGCCGCCGCUUGCGCCGCCGCCGCCGCCGAUUGGGGCGCCGCGGCCAGGUGGCGGCGACUCGCGCAACGCGCUGCUGAUGGCGAUCCAACAGGGCAAGCCCCUGAAGAAGGUGGGCCAGCCCGCCGCCGCCGACAGCAAGGCGCCGCGCGGCAGCGAGGCCGCGCCGGGCGGCGGCGGCGGCGAUCUGAUGCAGGCGAUGUGUGAAUUUGGAGAAUGGCCCGAGAUGGCCCGAGAUCACGCGAGAUCCACCCGAGAUCACGAGAGGUCCACCCGAGAUCACGCGAGGUCACCCGAGGUCACCCGAGGUCACCCGACCUGAUGACUAGUAUCUGAUGCAGGCCCUCCGCGCUCGGAUGGACGUGCGGCGCAAGGCGAUGGGCACUUGGGGCUCCGCCGGGGGCACGUUGGGAUCUACGGCGGGCACGCUCCCAGCCGCCAACGAGUUCCGCACUGACGCGGCCGUCGAGCCGCCGGCGCCACCGGAACUGGAUCAGGUGCGAGGGCAACAAGUCGGCGCACCGGUGGCGCAGGGAGCGUCGCAGCCGCCGCCAACUAGCUGGUCCUCCGCGGAGGACGCCAACCCGUUUGGCAACCCGUUCUAGUGCGUACGUCAGUACGGCUUUAGUGGCUGCGUGGGGCCGGCUCCGGACUCUGUUACCGAGGGCGGUGUACGUUUCAGUUCUCCGACCGAGUA